AUGGCUGAGUUUAUUCUUACUCCAAUUGCUCGAUUAAUCAUUGAUCGUUUGGAAUCUGCAGCUGUGAAACAAAUCUCAUCGAUUUGGGGUGUGAAAGAUGAGAGACACAACAAUGAAGUUCAACAUUGGCUCCAAAGGCUCAGUGGUUCUGUUCAUGAUGCAGACAACUUAAUGGACGAGAUCAACACUAGAGCUUUGCAACAACGAAUCAUGUCUCCAAAUAUAAAGACUUUUUUUUCUGGCUCCAAUGCACUUGCUUAUCGAUUUAAGAUGAGUAAUAGGAUAAAGGACAUCAAGAAGAAACUAGCCAAAAUCUGUGAUGAUAGAAAGUUUCAUUUGGAAGAAAAACAUGAAGAGACACAGAUUAUUCGAAGAGCAAGAGCUGAUACGCACUCGUAUGUGCGUCAAGAAGAAGUUAUUGGGAGGGAGGAAGAUAUAUCAGCUAUUAUAAGUAUGCUUUUAUCGGAUCGUUGUGAAGAGAAUGUAUCAAUGAUUUUCGUUUGUGGCAUAGGAGGAUUAGGAAAAACUACACUUGCUAAGAGCGUUUUUAAUGAGGAGCGAAUCCAGAAUCAUUUUGAGUUAACAAUGUGGGUAUGUGUGGCUGAUAAUUUUGACUUAAAACUAAUUUUGAAAAGUAUCAUUAAGGUUGAGGGAGACAUGAGAAUGGAAGAACUGCAAAAGAAGCUUCGAGAAGUGCUUGGUGGUAAGCGGUAUUUUCUUGUACUAGAUGAUGUAUGGGAGGAAAAUCGUGCUAAGUGGUUGGAAUUGGAAGAGUUGAUAAGAAAUGGUGCAAAAGGAAGUAGAGUUUUGGUAACAACUCGGAGUAAAAAGAUUGCUAAUUUCACAUCUAGCAAAGGUCAAUUGCAUAAAUUGGGGAUACUUAACCAAGAUCAAUCUUGGACUUUGUUUAAAAGGAUGGCUUUUAAAAAUGGACAAGAGCCACAAAACUCUAAUAUUGUGAAGAUUGGAAAGGAGAUUGUUGAAAGGUGCAAAGGGGUUCCACUAGCUAUAAGAACAACAGGAAAUUUGUUGUACAAUGAAAAUUUAGAAUCAAAGUGGUCAUCUUUGAAUAAAGAAUUUUCAAAAAUACCUCAAGCAAGUGAAGAGGAUAUUAUGCCUACCCUUAGAUUGAACUAUGAUCAUCUACCUUCUCAUUUGAGACUUUGUCUUGCCUACUGUAGUCUAUUUCCUAAAGACUAUAAAAUUAAGGUGGGAACAUUAGUUAAGCUUUGGAUGGCACAAGGAUUUCUUAACUUAUUGAAUACAGUUGAAGAUCAAUGUUUGGAGGAGGUGGGAUAUGAAUGUUUUAUGAAUUUAGUGGAAGGAUCAUUUUUCCAAGAUGUUGAAGUAGAUGAAUGGGGCAUUAUAACAUGUUGCAAGAUGCAUGAUCUCAUGCGUGAUCUCAUGCAUGAUCUUGCAAUACUUGUGUCUGGUGCAAAAUGUGCUACUUUUCCUUCAAAUUGUCAAGGAAACUUCAUCAAUGAAAAUACUCACCAUUUGUCCUUUGAACACCAUGUUCACUCUGUAAGUAAAACUUUUCUGGUUCAAGCAAGUAAGGCGCGAACAAUUCUUUUGCUCGAUGAAUGUUGUUUCAAAGGCGAGCUAGAUGCAGUGGUAUUGCAUUUCAAGUUGAUACGCGCUUUGAGUUUGAAAUGGUUAUUUGACGAUUCGUUGGAUUCAAUUUGUAAAUUGAAACAUUUGAGAUAUUUGCAUAUUUUACGAGUAACUAUAAAGCUACUUCCAGAUUCAUUUACUAAUUUGGUGAAUUUGCAAACACUUAAAUUCAGUAAUUGCCCAAUGCUCAGAGAAUUGCCUAGAGACAUUGAGAAACUUAUCAAUCUUAGGCAUCUUGAAAUUUUUCAUUGUAUUGAUUUGGAGUAUAUGCCAUGUGGAAUAGGCCAGCUGACUAAUCUUCAGACUUUAUCAACGUACGUAUUGAGGAACAAGAACAAGAACAAGAUACAUGUCCCGAAAUAUGUUGGCGAACUAAAAGAUUUGUUGAGAUUGAAUAAUUUGAGAGGUAAAUUGGAAGGUUUAAAUGUGAGCCAUGCCAUAGAAGAAUAUGGGAGUUCGAGCUUAAAGAAUAAACAAUACCUUAAAUCAUUGAGUUUGGAGUGGGAAAAUACAAAUGUUGAAAUUGGUGAAAUGUCAAUGGAUGUCCUUCAACCACACCCAAAUCUUCAGGAAUUGGAGUUAACAUGUUAUAAGGGUGUCAAGUUGUCAAGUUGGCUCUCAUCACUUACAAACUUAGUCAACUUAACAGUAUCCUAUUGUCAAAAAUGUGAGUAUCUAGUUCCAUUGAAUCAAUUACACAGUCUCAAAUUUUUGAAACUUAAGAGCUUGAUGUCUUUAGAUUACAUAUCCAACAAUGAUUUGAAUCAAGACUUACUUGGUUCAACUUCAACAACAACAACAACAUUACUUCCAUCUCUGCAGAGACUUGAGUUAGAUAAUUUGCCUAAUCUAAAAGGAUGGUGGAAAGAAGUUGAUCAUUUUUCUUGUACUGCAAAUGAAGACAAACACAUCUCCUUGCCUUAUUUCCCUUGUCUUUUUUCUUUAUAUAUAAAAGAUUGUCCUAAGCUGAGUUGCAUGCCACUUUACCCACAUUUGGAAAAAGAGUUGUAUCUAUCCCAUACUAGCUGGAAGCCUUUGGAAGACACAUUAAAAAUGGUUAUAUUCCCUACAACAUCUUCUUUUUCUCCUCUCUCCAAAUUAAAAAGACUAAGUUUAUAUGGCAUUGAGGAUUUAAAAUGUCUUCCAGUGGAGUUUAAGAGCCUUACAACUCUCAAUGAAUUGACUUAUUUUAGUUGCAGCAAGUUUAAGGAUCUGUGUCCUGGUAUUCUACAUCUCUCAUCACUUAGAGAUUUGACAGUGUCAAUAAGUGGAAAUGGUGAUAAUGAUGGUGAUGAUGAUGAUGAUGAUGGUGACCAAAUUAUGUGGAAAGCCUUAACUGAAAGAAUCCACAAAUUAGCACUAUGGUCAUUUUCGAAUCUUCCUAAGGGUAUCCAACAUCUUAAAAGUCUACAACGACUUUAUAUUAGGUAUUGUGAUAGUUUGACAACAAUUCCAGAAUGGAUUGGCAACCUCAAAUCACUUAAGGAACUUGAGUUAAGAGGAUGUCCUAAUCUGACAUCAUUCCCUGAAGGAAUUCAAGGCCUCACCUCUUUGAAAUACUUGGAGAUUGCAAAAUGUCCCAAUUUGACAUCAUUUCCGGAAGGAAUUCGAAUCGAAGCCUCACCUCUUUGA